AUGGCAGGACACUUGUGGAGACAGGUUAGAAUUCCAGUCAAAUCUACAGAACCAAACCAAAGCCUGAGCCAGUUCGUCAUGCCGCCAUACAGUGGUGAAGAAGAAACUCUGAUAAAACAUGUUGAAUAUCUAGACAAAGCCAGAACCAAAGUCUAUGACUAUGAAGUUAUAACGAGAGCAAAUGCAAAGCUCCAAAACGGAUUAACUGUAUUUACUGCCGCUGUGUUCAUUGUUGCACAAGUUGCCGGCAGCGGAGUCUUAGCCCUACCGGCUGCCAUCGUAGGAGCGGGUUGGACGGGAUUCGGUUUGCUUGUUCUUUGUUGGCUUGCGUCUGGUUAUUGUGGCACGAUCCUUGGAAGAUCCUGGGUGAUUCUUCGGGAAAGACAUGAUGAGUAUAAAAGUCAUGUACGGAAUCCUUACCCAGCUAUCGGAGAGAAGGCUUAUGGAAGAUGGGCUUCCUUGGCUGUAACCGUUUCCAUUAACCUCACGCUGAUAGGUAAGACAUUUUUAACACAAUUCUGACUUUAAGAUAUACCCACAUGUCUCGAACCGCAGGUCUGUGAACAAGAAAACAACAUUCAGAACAACCUUUCUUGCGACAACUGUUGCGAAACCAUAAACCAUUCCUCACAAUUACAGAUCAGAUCGUAACUAUCGGUGGGCAUUGCAAAAUCACAAGCGAUUAGUAAACACACAAAGUGGAUUUGGGUUUCAGAUCGCUGAAAGAUUGUUGGAAAAUUGUAGGAAACCUUCCAGCGAUCUAGACUACUCUGAUCAGUUUAAAAUUAGUUACGUGACGUGUUGAAUCUACUACACUGUGUGCUAUUAAACCCGGAGGCUCAGAAUUUUCUCACUUCCAGUGAAGUGUCAAAAAUUUAUAAGCGCAUGAAGUUUAAUUAUUUACAAGUUUCCUACAUACUCAUCUGACUAAAACGCAACAUCAUUACUUUUAUCACUCGUCAGUUCUCUGCUUCCUGUAGUCUUCUAUUUGUUCCGCUCUGGCUUUAUACUCAUUAAUGCUCUCGGUAAUACCGUGUGCCAGAUAUUUAAACAAAACAUAAACAUACAACUAAAAAUCAUACUGCCAAAAAAGAAACUGCGAACAGUGAACAAGAUAUUUUAAAUAUUUUCUUUUCUUUUAUUAAGUUAAUAACCAUGUCGUUUUUAUCUUUAUAGAUUCAUACAAUCAACAGUUACGUAACAAAAGCACGUAACGUAUUUCGAACUUGGUAAGACCCGUAAACAAGUUACUUCUCAGCGCGAACUCACGAGUGUCAGGAGACCAUAUUGGGAAUUCCAAUAUCGUUAUUCAUACCAAUACCAAUCAGCGAUUUUAAAUUUUAGUUAGAAGGAACAAUGGCACAACCAAAAUUCGCCGGGAUCGCUUUCCCUCCUCUCGCGUGUCUCGUGCUCGGCGAAAGAAGAUGGAGUUAAUGGAAAAUUAAAAAUAGUUGAAUUCCGCUUGCUCACUGAAUGCACAUGCACUUCGAUUCUUCCCUCAAAGGUUACAAUGCUCAUGUAAAGUUCAUAGUGCACACAAGUCAUGUGAUAGCAAAUCAGGUUCUGACAUUUUCCCUUUGCCUAUUGCAUUUUCUGUCGACGUGCUUUUAGGGGGCGGUGUACACAGGCUACUCAGAGACCAGACUAUAUUCAACCCGUCGCUUAAAUCUUAGAAAUGCACAGGAUACCCACUCCUAUACAGUAGUAUCAUUUAUGAGAGAUUUUCUCUCUCUCCCUCAAGGUGUCGCCGUGGUAUUUAUGAUCCUGGCCGCUGGAAACUUGUCAAAUCUCAUUGAACUGCCCGUUGACUACGCGAGUAAAACAGACGAGUUGCGGAUAUGGCUUGUUAUCUGCUUCGCAGUUCUUCUUCCUUGCUCCUGGCUCGGCACGCCCAAAGAAUUCUGGGGGAUAGCGGUGGGCGCUAGUUUGGCAACUGCCGUGGCAUGUUUAAUGAUCUGUGUGUGUAUUGCUUUGGAUAUGCCAACCGACUUGAAAAGUGUGCAACAGCCGACUCUUGAUUUUGAGUUUUUUUUUUUCAGGUAUGUUAAUGAACAAAUCGAAUUAAUAAUAUCUGCAUUUUCACUGAUAUAAAAUUUAACAUGUGGCUUCAAUAUCUAGUUGGUUUAAGUCCUCAGAUUAACAAAAGCAAACAUAUUUCUUCAUUUCGAAUCAACUCUCUGUCCCGGUUAAGUUGAGAGCGCUGCAGGACUUUUUAUUUUAGGCAGGACAGAAUACUGCCUGAUGACCGACGUGUAUUUUAUGCAGUAGAAAACCAGAGUUGAUCGUUUACCCAAGCCUCCAAACUUGUGCAAGUGACGCAUAAGAUGUUGAUUCUUGCAAGCCAGUAUGACCUCUAGUUCAUGCAGCAGUUCGUCGCUCUACGUACCUAACCAGAGCUUAGCUUGUGGCGGUUGACACAUGCCUGUAAUCCCGCCAAGACGGACCAGUGUGCAAGCCCACAGCGCCAGCAGACGAAGGGGAGCUAAGGGAGUUUUCUUCUUUCCCUCGUCUUACCCUCAGUAUUCGACUGCGUCUCAUUUUUCGGCUGGAUAACGCCUCUAGCUCAUGCAGACUAUAUCUAAGGACCUAUAAACCAAGCAGUGAGCGUUGCGCUGGCUUUAGUCUAAGUAACGCCUUUCAUGUGUCGGACUCGCAAUCCGCGGUCCCGGGUUCGAGUCCCGUUCCUGGCCACUUGCUGGAUUUGUUCUAGGUUUUCACUGAUUAAAUCCUCGACCAAGCUUUUAAACAGCUAACUGGUUGCCUCCUGCCAGGUGGGAUUUUUAAUCCUGUUGUGUUAUAUUUGAAAUAUUUGUAUGUUAUUUUACAGCGUUUGGCAAGAUCCUAUUCUCGUUCGGUGGUGUUUCGAUUUUUCCAACAAUUCAAACGGACAUGAAGAAAGCGUCCAGGUUUCCACUGUCCGUCUUCUGGGCAUACAUCAGCGUCUUGGCCAUGUAUUUACCAGUGUCAGUGCUUGGAUUUGUUACGUAUGGCAGGGACAUAACUCCUAAUAUUCUUGACAGCGUGGGGCGUGAUGAAAACAACAAUGUAGCGACCAUAUUGCAGGUUGUACUGGUAUUAGUAUCACUUCAGUUACUUGUUAGCUGCGUUAUUACACUUAAUCCUGUAUCACAACAGCUGGAAGAGCUCUGCAAUGUACCAAGAAGUGAGUAGAGUUAUAAAACACCGUAUUUACUAGAAUAAGCGCUGCGGCGCUUAUUAAAUUUCACGCUUCAAGUGCAGCGCUUAUUUGAGGGCGGCGUUUAUUCGAAAGUUGGACAAGACCAAUAAUUGUAUUAACCUCGGAAUUAUUAUUUUCCGUAUUAACCCAUUCGCCCACGAGCCGCCCACAACCGCCCGUACGGAUCCAUGCCUUUUCUAUCGCUUGUGACGUCAUCAUUUUUAAUGGUCGAGGACACCUUUGUAGCAAAAUUGUGCAGAGUGAACAGAUCUUUCAACCAAUACCGGAAUGAGCACAAUUCAGUCAAGAAAAAUGGAGAAAAAGGCAAAAAACCAUGAAACAUUGACCUGAAAAUUUCCAUGAAAAUCUUGUUCCACUACCCACCCACCUUUCCUUUCAUCUAUUCAGAUCCUAAAAGCCUUCCUAAAAACUUUUCCCACCAAAAUGAAGGCUACUAAAUGCCCAGCAAAAGAAAGAAAAAUGAGGCAAGAAAAGAGAAAAAAUAGGGGAGGAGAGAAAGCGAAAAGUAAAAGUCAAGUGUCGGUCUGGGGACGAGAUUGAAGUUAAUAUUUUGCAUCUGGAUCAGAAGGCCGCAAAGUGCACGUCAGUGACCAGAAAACCGCUCGACUAGCCUUAAAAUGUGUUUUUCGGCUAAAUUUCCGUGGGCAAAUGUGUUAAAGUAACAUAAGGGCAAAGGCGGUUCUUCAUGGGAGGCGCUUAUUAGAGUAAAUACGUACUACUAGUACUUUCACAUUGUCUUAUGAACUAGUCAAUUCAAAACUUCAACUUUUUCCCCUCUUCCCCUUUGGGCAACCCACAGGGUAUUUGAUCUUUUGAGUGGCGGGCCAAAUAAUGUUGAAAUACCCCAAUUUAUGAAGAGAAUAGAGAAGACAAGUCGUUACGUCACGUUGCCAGGGUAAUAAAAUUUCUGGAUGACAACAAACCAAAAACGUCACUUAAAAGUACAAACAUUAAUCACAAAGGAUUGCAAACGAAUAUGCCGAAGAACGUAGGAUCUAUAAAGACCUGAUCAGCAAAAAUGAAGAGUAGACAUAUUAGAUUCUGCAAGCAGAAUGCUGCAAUGCUGAUCGUAUUACGUGAACAUUAACUCUGCAAGACAUCAACAGGACACCGACAGAACUCAAAACAGAGCGGGGUUGUAGCCAUAGACAGCUGUUUCGCCCUCUUUGGGGCUCGUCAGUAUGGCGUAACAACCAGAGAAAGCUCUGAUGAAAAAUAUCCGCGCACUCUGAUUUAAGCCCUAACCUAGAACUUUCAACACCCACAGAAUCACGCCAUGCCACUUGUCUUUUUUUUUUUUAGAGGGGAGAGGGGGGGCAAGAGUCCAAGUGUCAAGUUGAUGUCUCGCAGAGAAAAUAAAGAAUUGGCCAAAAGUGAAUUCACACUGUUUCAAAAUUCUUCGAUCUGAUUCAAUUUCAUUUAAUUUGUGAAAUGCUGGCGAAAUUUUCUGAGGUUGAAUCGAAAAGGGUCGUAUCUAAGUUCAGAAAAAGAAAAAGAAAAUUUUGUGUCGUGUUUAUCUACUCCAUAAAGCGAGCGCGUGAAAUUAGAAGUUUCAUGUCGCAGUCGUGCAACGAUGGCUAAGAAAUGUACAAAAAAGCGUGAUGCACGUGCAAAAUUAUUGUUUUAAUAAUCUAAACCGAUUGCUUUUUCGCCAUUCUCGUUGCCGUCGCCAUCGUCGUUGUUGCGAUCCAGAAAUUUUGGUACCAUGGUAAUGUGACGUCACACUUCUCUUCUCUAUAGGCCCUCAAAUCCUCUUAUUCCCGUGACGGAGAAAUUCAAUAAAUAUUCAACAGAAUAUUUACCUUGUUUUUUAUUUAACAGGGAAGAAGGCAUCCUCCAAAUGCUCCAUCCCUGCCCUGAUUUUUUAUGGGUUAUUCUCGUAUUAUUCUAGGCUCAUAAAUAGGCUCAAAUUCCCCACCUCAAACAUAACCACUAUUCUCGAAUCCCCGCCCCUCCUUUGCAUACCAGGCCCCAGUUGUUUAAAAGGUGGAUAACCCUAUCCACUGGCUAAAUCUAUCUCAAAUGGAUAGCACAAUUAUUUGUCCUACUACUUAACCGCUAGCCUGCGUAGCAGGUGUUUGGAAGUAGUGGGCACGAGAAAAAACGGGCGCGCGAGAAGGAGACACGCAGGCGCUCCCUCACCCCUCGCGUGUCUCCCUCGCGCGCGCCCGUUCUCUCUUUCGCCCACUACUUCCAAGUCCAAGACCCUUUCGCUCGUGAUUAGGGUUUCGUUAUGUUUAGGUUUGAAGAUCAAGGUUAAUCCGUCUUUGUCUCAACAGGUUUUUAAGUGUUAUUACCUUUUCUAAAAUGUUUUUUUUCGACAUAAGUGUCAUUUAUCUUGUGGUUUAAGUUCGAUUGUCAUCUCUUGAAGUGGGUUUGUUUGCGAUUAUAGCUGACCUUGAUUGUUACCCACAUCGGAGUUCCUGUUUGGGUUUAAGGUAGAGCCUCUUGGGUUGUCAAGCUUUUAUUGGUUUUCUAGAUCUUGUUCUUGAUUUGUUCAACCUUAUGGGUUUUGUAUUCACAUACUUUGGUGAUCAACGGGAAAUUCGCGGGCUAGCUUGUCUAAUUUACCGAGCAGGUAGUUACAUUACUAGCAUUAGUAAUGUGGCCUUUUGAUUAUGGCAUUACUAGCUAAGUGUCCAAGGCAUUAUACAAUCUGUGUUUAACUUGAUAGUGGACAUCCUUACGGACAUCCAUGAUAUGGUCAACUGACAGCUGUCAAAAAGGGUAUCUGCUGAACAGUGUCACAGACUGCAUAGGGGGGCUCAAGUGUACAACUCAUUGAGGUGACCUGUUUUUAAAAAAUAUCCGCUGACCAGUUAUUGGUUUUAAUUGAUCGCAGGCUCAGGUCCAUAAUGAAAAGGCCACAUAAUAAAUAACUUAUUAACCUCGUCCGUUCGUUCAUUACAGGGAAAUCUCAGACCUCGGCCUUGAUAUAUUGACCUCGCUUUCGCUCGGUCAAUACAUCAAGGCAUACAUUUGAGAUUUCCCCGUAAUGACCUCGCUCUCGGUUAAUAAUCAGGUCUUGCGGUAGCUCUCUAUUUUUAACCAAGCUUCCAGAGAGGUAAACUCGCUAACCUAAACUAUUUUCUCUCUCUCUUUUUUUCACUCCAACAGAGUUCUGCUUCCAGCGAUGCAUCCUUCGUACAGUUCUCUUGUGUUUCAUCCUCGGUAUUGGCGAACUGAUUCCCAAGUUUGGUCCCAUCUUAUCUCUCAUUGGAGGCUCCACAGUGACAGCCUUAACAUUUGUGUUUCCUUGUCUGUUUUACUUAAGAAUCGCACCCAACGUUCCACUCCACGUCAAAGCUUUCCUAUGUGAAAUCAUGACUGUAGGAAUUUUUGGCGGCCUUGGAUCUACCUACUCGGCGAUAAAUGAAAUCAGACAAGUGUUUAUACAAUGAAACAUUCUCAAUUUCGUUUGAAAACUUUUCAGGAGAUAAACAACUCACACUCUAUACGUAGAAAGCAUUUAGUGUGGCAGUGCUUAAUAGUGAAUCUUAUAGUUAGUACUUCAUUUUCGCCCUCUCAGGGUGAUAUUUGCUACUGGUAUCGACAAAAUAUCAGCAAAACUUAAUCAAAGUCAGUCGCCUGUUCGGUCAUAUUGUCUUUCGUCUUUGAAUAACAAAGAUGUUUAAUCAGUCUUUUAGAACUGGUCAAGAGCCAUAAUGGCAUAAGAGCCCAUUAUGGCUCUUGAACCGGCAGUAUAUUUCCCAACGACUUAAAACUUGCUCGGAAAUCAUCAAUGUUUAAUCUAGGUUUGAAAUCAGACUCUGAAAACCCCAGAU